AUGCCCCAUCGACAUUUUCUGCGUCGCAUUAGUUUUUCUAACUGGGAUGUUGAUCUGCAGGCACGGCGUGAGCGGAAUCGCAAAGCUCAAACCGAAUUCCGUCGGCGCCAACAACUAGCCGAAAGGUCGAGAGACCUUCGACUACAGCUCCUCGAGGAUGUCGUUCAGGAGAUGGCCACAAUCCUCACCGAAUUCUGUGAUGAGCUGCUCAAGAAUGAAGCUGUGGCAAAAGAUCCCAAUCUGGUGGCUUGUCUCCGGUGCUCAUCAGCUCGGAUCAUUGCUCUGGUUGGGACAGUGCAUCCGGAGGAGACGAUGGAUGCCACAGCGACGAUACAGGUUCCGAGCUCUCACAGCCCCGGCACCGGUCGUUCGAUUAAAUCUGCAGUAGAAAACACCCCAGAAUAUCGCGACAAGCAAUACCGCUCAGCACAUGCCGAUGACAGCACGCCCCCUGUGCCCUCCAAUGACAGCCUACCUGCAAGCUCGAUGGAAUAUGAAACAGCAUCUCCUAGGUGGUCUCUCUAUCUAUCGGAGAUGAUUCAAUCCGACAUUCCUAGUGAGUAUGGUUGUGACAGUCAUGAGAGAGCGAACUUGGACCUCCAGCCAGUCCAGCGGCUUCCCCCUCGAGUCCCAUCCUCCUCGCUGCGAGCCGUUCCAUUCCCUCUCCGCCUAGUCAAAACAACUUUAGCUCAUGCAUACCUGUUCCUCCGCGGCGAUCUCUACAUAUCUAGCGAAGAUAUCCAUCGCUCUUUUGGAAACACAUUAAGACUACGCACCCGUGAACAGCUUAUCUCACACUUGCAUUGGUUGCUCGGGCGAGGCAUCGACGACUUAUCGGAAGCGGCAGGGAUGGCCGGUGCCUUCACCCAUUCAGAAUCCGCAGACAGACUGCCCGGGCAUGGUACUUCUUCCCAUGCCGGUACCGCCUGGGACUUGGACACCGACGGGAUUCUGAAAUUCCUGUACAGCGAAAUUCAGGCGGAUGCAUUCCUCACGGCGUUUGGUGUUUACAAGAAACUCAACCACCUGGGAGCCAGGAUGCUUGAUCCGGAAACCAUGGAGAUUAGUAUCUCUGGCGUUGGAUUAUCCACUUCCCAUCAUAGCUCGGAAGAAGAACUAUCAGGGAGUAACCCAUCUAAUCGAAACUACACAAAACGUAACCCGGCACAUCUAACCGUGCGGUUGAAUUGUAUCCUCGACACGAACUAG